CGAACCCCCACGUUGAACGUUUUUCACUUUAAGCGGGCUUCGGAAUUAAAGUCAGCUUUUUAGGUUUUCGUUUCGAAACACAGUAUAGCUACUGGCAGUUAAAAAUUGAAGUUAUUUUUUUUAAAAUUGAAGUUAUUUUUUUGUUUUUAAACAUUUUUUUCUGCUAUUUGUUGCGAAAACAUGUAUUCGUGUUGUUAUAUAGAUAUUUUCAGUCAAAUGUUAAUACUCAGUUGCCGUUAUUUGAUAAACAAUUUGGCGCCGAGUUAGGUGUUUGUCAGAUUUUGGAGUGGUUCUGAAAUAUAAGAAUGUCACUCGUUAUCCGGUUGAGUUUGGUGUUGGCGCUAUGGUUGGUGACGUCAUCAAAUGUGGAAUCUAGAAGUUUCUACCCCAGUUACGUUGUACCCAUACCACGUAGAUUCCACCGCGGUGCACCGUAUCGCAUGCAAAAUGCUAUUUACAGCCGCCCUAUCUACAUAAACCCCGCUGCUUUAGGAAGGUUUCAGGGAAUGCGACGUGGAAGUGAAGCGUUGAGAAACCGAUACCCAAGCCAGCGAUACUAUACUGGAUGUAACUGGUUCGGAAUUACGUCACGGGAGUUUAACCUUAUGUUGGAUAAGAUUGUGGGGAAUUACCAGCAGGGAAGUCCCCAUACAUUGAAGAGCAUAACGAAAUCAUCGAAGAGGUAUUGCAGAAGAUGUGGGCCACGUGGUUGCGUUCCUCUACGUCACGAAUUUAACAUAACCGUAUCUCUAGCGCCCACUGACGGAUGUAAUUGGAGGGAUAAAUGCGCGUGCAGACCAGUGGUGAAUGGUCCUACAGUUUUAUGCAAUACAAGUGGAACCAUUCAAUACGGGAGUGGAGUUGUUAGCAAUUUUACCAUGGAUUGUAGAAGCCCUGAACCCGCUGGUGGAGUUACUGCUUCUGAGGAAGAGAAUAAAGAAGAAGAGGAAGAGAUUGAAGAAGAAGAGGAAGAGGAGAUUGAAGAAGAAGAAAAAGAGGAAGAAGAGAUCGAAGUAGAGAAUGAAGUAGAAGAAGAAGGAGAAGAAGAGAUUGAAGAAGAAGAAGAAAAUGAAACAGAAGAAGAACAGAUUGAAGAAGAAGGAAAUGAAGAGAUUGAAAAAGAGGUGGGAAAUGAAGAAGCAGAAGAGCAACCAGCUCCAAUUGUUGCAACUGCUGGGAUGAAAAUUGAAGAGAGCCUAGAUGUUGGUGAUAAAGAAGAGGAAGGAAGUGGAGUGAAUGAUGUUGAUGUUGUAAAAGUUCCAGCGCUUAUUAUAGCACAAUAACUAUGUGACAUUGACAUAUUUGUAUAAGCUUGUUAUAUAGUUUAGCUUGUGUGUAACAUGUACAUGAAUCUCUAAUACCACCAUGGCUGCCUAUUUAUAAAGUAUAUUAUAAUCAUCUAAAAAAAGAGAUUUUGUUGCUUGAGUUAUGAUGAGAUAAUAAAUUGUUUGCUACAAAAUUA